AUGAGCAUCGACGCUGGCGGUGUUGCUCAAAUGACUUACCAGUCUCCUUUCAACAACUCUAUCGGCGUUUCUGGCCCUGGUUUUGCUUCUCGAGGGAAAGGUUCCCAUAUCAAGCGUCUCAGCGUUGCGCCUCCCUCCAAGAUCUCGACCAUUGACGAAACGCAGCAGGCGAACACCAUUUCCACGCCCCGCACUAGCCGGGGUCAUCUUCUGGCAGGUCUACGCACGGCUCCAAAAUCUGCCACGGUACCUCCUGCCACCCAUGGCAUAGGUCUGGAAAGUAGCAAGUACGCCUCUGCGGCGUAUGCCAGCCAGGUGCCGCAGACAGCUACCGGCAUGUACUUCCCAGGAGGCAGGAACAGUGUGCAAAGCAACUUGCAGCAACCUUACUCGCUUCCUGAACAUGUGCUUGCCCCUCCAUCCCUUGAUUUCGUUGAUGGAGCGGAGAACAUGGAUCAGAAUCUGUACGAUGAACUGGUAGCCACGAAUAAUUACCUCGCCCAACAGCAACGAGCUCUUCAGCAGCAGUUGUUGAAUGUCACUGCUGCGGCGCAUCAGCUAUCUGGACUCAAUUUGAACACCGGGUUCGUGAACAACAUUGGCCAGCAGCCAUACCAGUCUCCCAUCAGCUCUCCGAUGGGUCUGUACAAUCAACAAUUCCAGCAAGGACUGCAACCCGUGGUUCACCCCGUCCCCGGUAGCCCAGGCGUCUUCACUGUUUACAAUCCGAUGACUGGUCAAUCGAGCUAUCUCGUCGACAAUUCCUAUCACCACCAGAAUCAGAAGGAAGUUUCGCCUGUCCGUCAGCAUAAAUCGGUUUCGCCUCCUCCUCCCACGCCAGCCUAUCAGCGCCAGUAUCCGGAGCCCUCUUUUCCCCUGGCCGAGGCCCGUUCCAAGACGCCUCCGAAGUCCACCCCCUCGCCACCGCAGGAGGUUGAGCCUCUCCCGCCUCCAUCUGCCAACGCGUUCCGCCGGGGCCACCGGAAGAAUUUGUCGUCUGCCAAUAUCAAGACUGCUGGCGACUGGACCAAGGGAUCUGCCAUCAGACCGGCUGGGUUCCCACAGACCCCCAUGACGGCCACCUUCGGACCGGGGCACGGAAGAGCCGGAGAACAUCCUGUCAGACAACCCAAGGGUCCGCCCCUUCUGCAAGAGCUCGAGGAGAAGCCUACCUCCAAGCACGAGGGCAGCAAGAACUUUGCCACUCGACAGCGUCGUCGAGCUGUUCAUGACCUCGUCCGUGCGGGCCGUGAGCGCCGCAGUGACGGCGGUCGUCAACCCGGGUCUGGGGCCGGAACACCUGGGAGCGAGAACGAGUUCAAUUUUUCUGUCUCGUCUGACGACUCUGUUCUUGCUGGAAGCAACAGCCUCUCGAGCAAGCCGAGCCUUGGCAGUCUCCGAGCUGCUGCCAGUGGAGUGAUUGGAUCUGAGAUCAAGGAGAAGUCCCGGGAACGGUCGUCUGUCGACAGUGUUGGAGCGAUCAGUUCUAAGAGCUUGAGUAGCGAUGAGGGCAACUCUGUCGGAGGGUCUAUUGUCGAGAUCGAGCCGGCCAGACGCAACACACCAUUGAUGGUUCUUAGUAGCGCUGAGAAACGCAAGAGCGUCGUCAUUUGA